AUGCGUUACCAGACCAGCCUUACUUUCCUCGCUGCCAGCGCUGCAUAUGCUGCUCCUUUGGUCAAGAACUCUGUCGAGACUGUCGACUCUUUCCAAGCCAACGCUGACAUUCUGAGUGCUCCUGCUGCCGUCGCAGCCCAGGUCGAUGAGACCGUUCUGCAUCCCUUCCACAAGCACAAUGUCCUAGCCAAGAUUUCAGAGCGUGCCGUUGAUGUCCUCGGCUCAGUGGCCGGUGGUGUCGAUGACGUCCUCGUUCCUGGCGAGAGCCUCGCAGCGGCUCUUCACAGAGCCUCUACCAAGGCCAUCCUGGAGGCUACUGCCGACAUCAUCUUUGCGCCUGCCGAGACUGUUGAGGCCGCCAUCCACCGGGCUGCGAACUCGAAGCACAGCCGUUCCCUCGACAUUCUCGACCUUUUGGCUGCAAGCACCGAUAUCAUCUUGGCCCCAGGCGAGAGCCUUGAUCAUGCUCUUCACCGAGCUGCUGCGAACGCAAACAAGCGCCCUCGAUCUGUCGACCCCAUAGGCGUCCUCGCCACCGGCACCGACUCUGUCUUGGCGCCGGGAAACAUCAUUGCCCCGGAGCUCCACAAGGAUGCCAAGGCAGGUACUCUCAACCCUCUCGACAUCGUCGCUACCGGUGUCGAUGCUGUGCUUUCCCCCAUCAAGGUCAUUAACGACGCUCUACACGACCACGUAUCGACCAAGGAGCACCAUCCCCAGGGCCACCCCAAGCCUCACCCUCAGCCUCACCCACAAGGACACCCCAAGCCUCACCCUUCCGGUCAACCCAAGCCUCACCCUCAAGGUCACCCUCAGCCUCACCCCAAGCCGCACCCCCAGGGCCACUCCUCCUCUGGCGAGCUGAACGUCUUCGGUAUCCUUGCGACAGGAACUGAUGCUGUUCUUGCGCCUGGCCAGGUCCUUGACCACGCCCUUCACGAAGCUGCUGGCGACAACAACAAGCACCACGACUCUACCAUCAUCAACCCGCUCAGUCUCGUUGCCACUGGGGCCGACGCUGUACUUGCUCCCGUCAAGGUUCUCAACCACGAGCUCCACCACGCUGCCGCUCGCAGCGUCGACCCUCUCCACAUUGUAGCCGACGCUGUCGAUGUUGUUCUCGCGCCCGUCAAGGUUGUUGACCACAAGCUCCACAAGAUUGCCAACGAGCACAUCGUCCGUUCUGCCCCCUCUGGCCUCGACCUCGGUGGUGCCAUCAGAGUCCAGCCCGCUGUCGCCCUCGACGCCCCUGUAAUUGGCCAGGUCCACGUGGCCCCGCAGGUCGGCGUUAACGGGAACGUCCACGUCAGCGAGAAGUCGGGCGUCAGCGGAAGCGUCCAACCCUCUGUCUCCCUUGACGCUCCAGUUGUUGGCCAGGUCCACGUCGCCCCGAAGGUUGGUGUUAACGGUAACGUCCACGUCAGCGAGAAGACUGGUGUCAGCGGAAGCGUCCAACCCUCUGUCGCCCUUGAUGCCCCAGUUGUUGGCCAGGUCCACGUCGCCCCGAAGGUCGGCGUCAACGGAAACGUCCACGUCAGCGAGAAGACUGGUGUCAGCGGAAAUGUCCACCCCUCUGUCGCCGUCAACGCCGCCGUUGGCAAGGUCCACGUCGCCCCGAAGGUUGGUGUCAACGGGAACGUCCACGUUAGCAAGAAGACUGGUGUCAGCGGAAGUGUCCACCCCUCUGUCGCUGUUGACGCUGCUGCUGGCGAGGUUCACGUCGCCCCGAAGGUCGGUGUCAACGGAAACGUCCACGUCGGCCAGAAGGCUGGCGCCAGCGGAAACGCCCACCACGGCGGUAAGGUCGGUGUCAGCGGGAAUGUCCAACCCUCUGUCGUCCUUGACGGUACCGUCGGCAAGGCUCACCUCGACGAGAAGGUCGCCGCCAACGGAAACGCACACCUCGAUCUUCCCACCAACCUCGACGCUCACAUCGCUUCCCACACAGCCCACGUCGCUGCCACCAGCAUUGGCAAAAUUGUCCCUGUAUCAGUCGACGGCCACCUCGUCUCUGACGUCGCUCACGCCGCUGCCGGCACCCUCGAGGAUCUCCACUUGUGA